GCCCUGCCCGUUCGACGAUUGAAGGAUAUACUCAGUCACGUCGUUCCGGAUGCAACUCUGGGCCCCGUCGAGGAGCUACCAUCAACACAGCUCCCACGGCUCUAUAACCUCAACAUGUCAGACGGCAGGAAGUUGCUCCUCUCGUUUGCCCCAAGUGUAGCCGUACGAUUGCUGAGGCACGAGGCCACGAUGCUGUCCUCAGAAGCAACGCUCGUAUAUUUCAUCGCAGGGACGGAUCGACAGGUUGAAGCAGGAGGAUCGUCACAAAAUCAGAUCAAGCCCGUUCCGCGCUCCACAGAGCUAUUUGGGCUGGUCCCAAAGCUGCUCAAACAUUCCUCGAACAGCAAGGAAAUGGCUUACCCCUAUAGCAUCUUCGAACCAACCGCUGGCGCUCCUCUCUCCACUCUCUCCAUCUAUCUCACAUUACCGGAGCGCCGUCUUGUUGACAAGCAGAUUGGCUCCAUGGCUCGCAGCCUUGCUUCUUUAACGUCACCAUCUGGGGCUUUUGGAACAGUCAGCCGAGUCCUCCCCGAUCCCUUCACACCGGUAUCGUCGACAGCCGCCGAGCAGAGGAAAGGUUCAAAGACAUGGUCCGAGGCAUUCAACUUGCUCCUCGAGAACAUCCUGAGAGAUGGCGAGGACAUGGCGGUCCUGCUGCCUUACGAAAUCAUUCGAGCACACAGCCGGAGACUCUCCUGGCACCUGGACGCCGUCACAACGCCUCGACUCGUGGUCCUGGAUGCCGGCACCGAAACGAACGUGAUGGUCGAGCGGGGCCCCGAAGCCGGGCCAUCUGCCGCUGCCGCCAACAACCACCCGAGACUAACGGGCCUCCGGAGCUGGAGCAACGGCGUCUUCGGAGACCCCUUGAUCUCCAGCUGCUUCAAGGAUCCGAGCGAUGGGUUUUUGGAGGGCUGGCGCGGAGGUGGGGAGGAUAUCAUUGAAGAUGCGGAGAAUGCGAGACUCAGAUUACUGCUCUACCAAUGCUACCGAGCGCUUGUCGGCAUCGUCGCCGAGUACUAUCGGCCGCAUGCCGAUAGCAGUAGGAAAGAACUAGAGGGCCGGAGGGAAUUGACCGCCACACUAGCGGAGUUGGAUAAAGCGGAC